AUGGUUGAUGACUGCGACGAGGCAUGGGUUGCGUGGACACGGUUGAAGACUCUCUACGGCGGAUCGCAGAAGGCGGGACGGAUCUUCUUGAAGCGGGAGCUGUUCAGCAUGGAGAUGGCGGAAGGCGGCAAUGUAAUGCAUCAUUGCAAUGAAGUUCUCAACAUCAGCGCCAAGCUCAGCAGCAUCAGCGCCAAGCUCAGCAGCAUCGGCGCCAAGAUGGAGGAUGAGGACGUGGCGAUCUGCUUGUUGUGCAGCCUCUCCAAGAGCUACGAGAACGUCGUGCUGAACUUGGAGAUGAGCAGCGCGGAACUGCAAUCGCGAGACGUCGUGAGAGUGCUCACGAAUGAGCACAUCAAGAGACAAGGUGACAAGACGACAUCGGUGAAAACUGAAGAAGCAACCAAGGCCUUCAGUACCGAGCGUGAGGUUCGUCAGUGUACGUUCUGCGGAAAAUUGGGGCACACGGUGGAAAAGUGGGCGAUUGUCAGCGGUGCAACACCACACAUCUGCUAUGACAAGUCCAAGUUCGAAUUUCUGGACGAGCGCAAUGAAGGUGAAGUGUUGGUUGCAGAUGGGAACAAGGCUGCGAUCAACGGUGUCGGGACAAUCAUCGAAAAGGUGACCCUGUCCAACGGUGAAGAGCGCGAAGUCGAGAUCAAGAACGCGCUUUACGUCCCAAGCAUGAACAAAAACUUGCUUUCGAUACCACAAAUCAACAGAAGCGGCAAGUUUCAAGUGGUGUUUGAUGGUGACAAGAUGAAGAUUUGCACAAAGGAUCCAAGCAAGUAA